AUGGAGACUGCGCAACUGCCGACAACAACGACGGUUUCCAUGAGACGUCCAGAUCCUAUCUGGGCGAAAACCGAUGAGGAACAGGCCGCUUUACGGAUUUCUAAAGAGCCAGUGCGCGCAACUAUUGAAGAGCCGUGCAUCAAGUGCUCCCAUCCCGAAGUCGGAUACUACACCGUGCAGCUCCGCUCGGUUGACGAAGGACAAACAGUCUUCUACGAGUGUCCGAAUUGCAAGCAUACUUGGAGUAUCAACAACUAA